AGUUGACAGUCUACUCGUUGGCUGUAUGUUAAUAUCUUUAUUUUAAAAAUUAAAACAACAGAAAGAGGAAGAAGAAAGAAGAGGAAGCUAGGAAGAACGCCUUCUGUUUACAAAAAGCAAGCUUUUUUCCUCCCUACCCAAUGGCUACAGUUCUUAAAUCACUUCAUUUUCUGAUACUCCUCUAUGUCACCAAUGCUCUGUUGGCCUUGGCUCAAGAUGAAAACCAGUUCAUCUACAAUGGCUUCAACCAAGCCAAGCUGCAGCUUGAUGGAGUGGCAGAAAUCCACCGCAAUGGUCUGUUGCAGCUAACCAACAUUUCAGACAACCAAAUUGGUCGUGCUUUCUACCAAUUUCCUAUAAAAUUCGACACAGCUUCAUCCAGUUUAACUUCAUCUCUUUCAUUUUCUACCAACUUUGUGUUUGCCAUGGUUCCUAAAUACCCAAAUGAUGGUGGUUUCGGCAUUGCCUUCACCAUCAGUCCCUCCAGGGACUUCACUCAUUCUGGACAAGGUUGGUAUCUGGGGCUUUUCAACGAGUCAAAUAGCGGCCUCUCUACAAACCACAUCUUGGCAAUCGAGCUUGAUCCUAGUUUUAACCCACAAUUAGGAGAUAUUUAUGGAAACCAUGUUGGGAUCGAUGUGAACGGCAUCAAAUCAAAUGAAUCAUCUCCUGCAAUGUAUUUUUCUGAUAAAGAAAGGAAGAAUAUAAGCUUGGAGCUACUGAGUGGGAACCCAAUGCAUCUUUGGAUCGAAUAUGAUGAAGCAGAAAAGUUACUGAAUGUAACACUUGCCCCUACUAGAAUCCCAAAACCAAACCGGCCUCUCUUGUCAACACCCAUUGAUUUGUCUCAACUUCUCUUUAAAUCUAUGUAUGUUGGUUUCUCUGCAUCCACAGGUUUAGUUUCAAGUGACCACUACAUUCUUGGAUGGAGCUUUAAUAGAAGUGGAUCGGCACAAAGCCUUGAUGUUUCAAGCCUUCCUCAAAUUCCACGACAGAAGAAAAUGAAAGAGAAAUCAAGCCUAAUUAUCCUGACUUCUUUCAUAGCAGUAGCGCUUGUGCUGAUAACCGCCGCUGGAGUUGCUGCUUAUAUAUUGAGGAGGAAGAAAUAUGAAGAAAUACGAGAAGAUUGGGAAGAGGAGUAUGGUCCUCACAGGUUCAGCUAUAAGAAUCUCCACAAAGCAACCAAAGGUUUCAAAGACACAGAGCUUCUUGGAGAAGGAGGUUUUGGAAAGGUUUAUAUGGGAAUACUUUCUUCGUCUAAUGUACAAAUUGCAGUAAAGAGAGUCUCCCAUGAUUCCAAACAAGGGAUGAAGGAAUUUGUGGCUGAGAUCGUUAGCAUGGGAAGAUUGAGGCAUAGGAACUUGGUGCAGCUCCUGGGCUAUUGCCGGCGAAGGGGAGAACUCCUCUUGGUCUAUGAUUAUAUGCCCAACGGAAGCCUUGACAAGUUCUUGUAUAGCAAUGAAAAACCAAACCUUAACUGGGUUCAACGAUUUCGAAUCAUCAAAGGAGUAGCAUAUGGCCUUCUUUAUCUCCAUGAAGAGUGGGAGCAGGUUGUUCUACACCGAGAUGUAAAAGCAAGCAAUGUUCUAUUGGAUGCUGAAUUAAAUGGAAGGCUAGGAGAUUUUGGCCUUGCCAGAUUAUACGACCAUGGCACCAAUUCUCAAACCACAAAUGUGGUUGGGACAGUGGGUUAUCUGGCUCCGGAGCUUCCUAGAACAGGAAGGGCAUCCACUUGCAGUGAUGUGUUUGCUUUUGGGGCUUUCAUGCUCGAGGUGGCUUGUGGAAGGAGGCCGAUAGAGCUACAUGCCCAAGAGGUGAUUUUGGUUGAUUGGAUCUCUGAGUUUUGGAGAAAAGGAGAUAUCCUUGAUGCUAGCGAUCCUAGAUUGGGAGGUAAUUAUGUGGUGGAGGAAAUGGUAAUGGUUUUGAAACUAGGCCUGUUUUGCUCACAUGCAUUGCCAGAAGCUAGGCCUACCAUGAGGCAAGUGACGCAGUUCUUAGAUGGUGAUGCUGAUCUGCCGGAAUUACCAGAUGACAGUGCUUUUGGUGCGUUUAAAAGUUAUGGAUCAUCUGAUUUCAUAUCAUUUCCUUUUACUCAGGUUUCUGCUCCUUCCGUGUCUACAACUGAUUCAAUCCUGAAAAGUGGUCGGUGAAUCGGGUGUCUCAUGCUAUGAUGAAUAUGAUGUAUACAGUUUCUUUCACUUAUGCUUUACAUAGAACAAAAUCUAUUCAGUUGUUGCAA